UUCCUGCGCAUCUGUUAUCUCACACAAGGUUAGUUUCCAACAUGGCACUUACAAGGCACGAGCGAUUAUUUGGCUUUGGUCUUCUGCUCUUUGUUUUGGCUUGGUGGAACUUGAUAUUCCUCAAACUAGAAUUUGGAGAAGAUGAGAUCUCUCUGUUGUCGAGGUUGAAGAAAGACGCUGCGCCGCCGCCCACAAAGAAAGUCUCCACACUUACAAAGGCGAAAGAGAUUAACAGUAAAACGCCUGGUAAAGAACAACCACCAGUGCACUCAGCUCCGAAGAAGCAAGUGCAGAAAUUGCCUCCAUCACUUCACAAAAAAGCUGAGGAACCUGCAGAGCCUGUUGCUAAUUAUGAUUACUCGAUGAAACUUUUAACUAUUCCACCUCCAGUAGGACUUCGCAAUGAAGAAAACGGCGCCAAACCAGCCAAACAACAUCUCGAAAAAGAUCAGUCAACAGCACGGCGGACCAAGACAAUACUGCUAUGGAACGAUUAUGAUUACCUCUACAGCAAGGACAGAGAACCAAUAUUCAAAGACUGCCCAGUCUCUGAGUGCAAGGUCGUCACAGAUAGAACACAGGCCAGCACCGCGGACGCUGUCGUCUUUACCGUGUCCACCAUCAACUUCAGCCACAUGUGCGAGGGCCCAGAGCCUGACUGCGACCUCCCUCUACGAAAGCCCGCUCACCAAGUCUGGGUAUUUCAUACAUUAGAGGCCCCUUGCCAAAUGGGCCUCAAAGGCAACAGGAACAAAGAAUUUUUACUUAACAAUAUUAACUGGACUUUCACGCACAGAAAAGACUCUGACAUUUUCACGCCGAAUGGGGAGAUCGUAAAAAGAAAGGUGCCAUUGAACAGAGAUUAUUUAUCUAUAACUCGGGCAAAAAACAAGAAAAAAAGACCACCUGUGGGGUGGUUGGUGAGCCACUGUGACACUCCGAGUCAUAGAGAGGUAUAUGUCAGAGAGCUGCAGAAAUACAUUGACGUUGAAAUUUUGGGAAAGUGUGGCAAGAAAUGUCCGACUGGAUGUUUUAGAUACAUCAACGAAACACACAAGUUUUAUCUGGCCUUUGAAAACAGCCUUGCGGAAGACUACGUCACCGAAAAGUUCUUCCGUUCAGUCAAUAUGGACGUUGUUCUUGUUACUAGGGGCGGGGCUAAUUAUGCAAAUCUUGGGAUCGAUCCCCACUGGCACAUCAACACCGCAGAUUACCCGUCCCCGAAAGCCCUGGCCGCGUACCUGCACCGCCUGAAUAAUGACGACUCCCUGUAUGUCCCUUACCUGGAGUGGAGGAACCACUACAUGACAACCAGGCCCAUGGAUGGACCCUAUGUCAAAUGGUGUGAUUUCUGUAAGAAAAUGCACGAGACGACCACAAAAUCUCAAGUGUAUACGAAAAAGAGUCUUUUCGACUGGUUCUUUCCGCCUGGACAGAAAAGAUUUAAGGGGUGUCAAGUACCCACCGAUCUUAAAUUUUAAACGCUAAGUUCACCUUUGACUUUUUUCAAAGUAGUUUUUACAUGAAGCCCCGAGCGUAAACACUUAUCUAUAGCAUCAAGAAUUUUCUUGACUAUAUCUCCAAUGUUUUUGUUCUACAUGUAGGUAAAGGUUGAAUUCCCAUCGUGGAACUUUAUUAGAAUAUCAAACCUAUAAUCGGUAUGUCAUUUAUUCUUUGUGGCUCCAUCUAGGGAAAAUGCGUUGAUGUACAUAAACUAUCAAAAAGUGCUAAAAUUAAAAACAAAAUACAUUCUUAAGAUGUGUCGUUUUUGCA